AUGGUCAGGUCAGGCCAAGGGAUUCGACUUGGACCUGGUGGGGCUGCUGUCCUCAGCAGUGAGCAUCCCUGUGAUCGCCAGCAGAGCAGCAGCGGGGCGGCCAUCCCAGAGCACUUGUCGCAGAGCAGGUCUUUGCUCACACCGGCGCCUUGGCUGCCCGCGUCCCUUGCUUCUCCGUGUCACAUCACAGGCCAGGGCCAGGGAUUCGACUUGGAUCUGGUGGAGUUGGUCUCCUCUGCUGUGAGCAUCCCCGUCAUCGCCAGCAGCGGAGCGGGCAUCCCAGAGCACUUCUCGCAGGUCUUUGCGCACACUGGCGCCUCCGCUGCGCUGGCUGCCGGCAUCUUCCACCGCAACGAGGUGACAAUAGAGUCGGUGAAGACCCAUCUGGCAGAGGAGGGUGUGGAGACUCGCCUGCUAUGA